GAUGGCUACCCUUACAAGAAGACUUGUCUCCAGACAUACGAUACAGAUCCCAUCAGUUUUCUGGAGAAAUAUAGGAACAUCAUCCACUUCACAGACACCAAACACCCCUAGUGAUCCAUCUCCACCAGGAGCUGCCUCCUCACCGUCAUCAGCAGUAAAAGGUCCUGAGCCCAUCCUUGAUCAGACUGACAAUACAAAGUACCAAGCAGAACAAGUACACCAUUAUCAUGAAAUGUCUUUCUAUGAUAUUGAGGGUGAAAUGGAUAAACUCCGCCUCAAACAACCAUCAAACAAAGUCAAAUUUGAGCCCAGUGUAUGAUACUAUGAAAACAAAUGGACACAGUCGGAAGAAAUGUGUGCUUCUUAAUGUUAAAUUUUAUGUGAUCAAGAACUUAAGAGUAUUUCUUAUGUGAAUGCACUCUGCUGUUACUGUAUAUAAUAAAGUGGUUAGAAUUGUG